AUGGUGGGUCCGGAGGAUGCCGGAGGCUGCUCGGCAAGAAACCCCAAGUUGCUCCCUUUGCCGGCGCCCGAUUCCGCGGGCCUGGACGGGAAAAUGAUUCGGGCCACAGGAGGCUUUGGCGGAGGUGUCGGCGCCGUGGAGCCUCCCGAAGAAGAGGAGGAGGAGGAGGAGGAGGAGGAGACGCCGCCGCCUCAGCAGCUCCUUCGGCGUUACCUCGCGGCGGCCGGGGGACAGCUGGAGCCCGGGCUGUGCUACUGUCCGCUCCCCGCCGGCCACUCCUGUGCUCCGCCGCCCUCGGCAGCCCGGCGCUCGGACGCCUGCCAGCCGGACGCCGGCUCCAAGCACCGCGACGCGGAGGCGGCGGACGCUGGCUCGGCGCGACACGGAGGCAUGACCAACGGGGACUCGGGCUUUCUGCUGGGCCAGGACUGUCGCGACCUGGCCCGCGCCGGCAGCCGGGAGCCGCGCCACCGCCGCCUCCGUCCGGACGGGCCUGGCGACGAGGGCGCGGACGGCGCGGGCAUCCUGUCUGACUGGGCCGCGCCGCUCGAGCACCCACUGCGGAGCUGCUGCCUGGAGGCGGCGGACGCCGAGGAGCCCGAGGGCGCGGGCAGCGGCGCGAGGGACAGUUCGGCCAGUGACGGCAGCGGCAGCGAGGACUUGGAGCGGCUGGGAGCCGGAGCCGGGGGUUCCGAGGAGGGCGCGUCGCCCAUCACCUCGGCGGAGAGGACUAGUGGGGGCGCCGGCGCCGAGCCGCGCGUCGGCUUCUCCGACGUUCGCUUGAACUCUCGGAAUACGUUCGAGGUGAGCCGCUGCCAAAGCGCCCGCGACCACCUGCCGCCGGCGGGAGCGCCGGUGUCCUUGCCGGCCGCGGAGCAGGGCCCUGCCGGGACCUCGGCUCGGGCUCGACGGAGCGGCGGCUUCGCCGACUUCUUCGCCAGAAACCUUUUCCCAAAAAGGACAAAAGAACUCAAAUCAGUUGUACAUAGUGCUCCUGGCUGGAAAUUAUUUGGUAAAGUCCCUCCCAGAGAGAAUCUUCAGAAAACUUCCAAAAUCAUUCAGCAGAGUUUUUCAGAAGACCAAGUUCGCCCUCUAGAGGCAAAAACAGUGGUCUUGCUAUUGAAGGAAUAUGAAGCACGGACAGGGAGAGCCUGUAAACCACCACCUCAGUCUUCAAGACGAAAGAAUUUUGAAUUUGAGCCACUUUCUACCACUGCCCUGAUUCUUGAGGAUCGACCAUCAAAUCUUCCUGCCAAAUCUGUGGAAGAGGCUUUACGUCACCGACAAGAAUAUGAUGAGAUGGUGGCUGAGGCUAAAAAACGAGAAAUUAAAGAAGCACAUAAAAGGAAAAAAAUAAUGAAAGAACGGUUUAAACAGGAAGAAAGCAUUGCAAGUGCAAUGGUAAUUUGGAUCAAUGAAAUACUACCCAAUUGGGAAGUAAUGCGUAGUACGAGAAGAGUUCGAGAAUUGUGGUGGCAGGGAUUGCCCCCUAGUGUUCGUGGGAAAGUUUGGAGUCUAGCUGUAGGAAAUGAACUAAAUAUCACUCCUGAACUUUAUGAAAUCUUCCUCUCAAGAGCAAAGGAACGGUGGAAAAGUUUCAGUGAAACAAGUUCAGAGAAUGAUGUAGAAGGUGUAUCUGUUGCUGAUCGAGAGGCCAGUCUAGAAUUAAUUAAGUUGGACAUAUCCCGUACAUUUCCAUCGCUCUACAUCUUUCAGAAGGGUGGCCCAUAUCAUGAUGUCUUACAUAGUAUAUUAGGGGCAUAUACAUGUUACCGACCAGAUGUUGGUUAUGUCCAAGGGAUGUCCUUCAUAGCAGCAGUUCUCAUUCUCAACUUGGAAGAAGCAGAUGCCUUCAUUGCAUUUGCAAAUCUCCUGAAUAAGCCAUGCCAGUUAGCCUUUUUUCGUGUGGAUCACAGCAUGAUGUUGAAAUAUUUUGCAACGUUUGAAGUAUUUUUUGAAGAAAAUCUCUCCAAACUAUUUCUUCAUUUCAAAUCUUAUAGUCUUACACCAGACAUAUACUUGAUAGACUGGAUCUUCACACUAUAUAGCAAAUCACUACCACUUGAUCUGGCCUGUCGAGUAUGGGAUGUAUUUUGCAGAGAUGGGGAGGAAUUUUUAUUUAGGACUGGAUUAGGAAUCCUCCGAUUAUAUGAAGAUAUUCUUCUACAGAUGGACUUUAUUCACAUAGCACAGUUUCUAACUAAACUGCCGGAAGAUAUCACAUCAGAAAAACUGUUCAGCUGUAUUGCAGCCAUUCAGAUGCAGAAUAGUACCAAAAAAUGGACUCAGGUCUUUGCAUCUGUGAUGAAGGAUAUUAAAGAAGGAGACAAGAAUAAUAGUCCAGCUCUGAAAAGCUAA